ACCUUCCUCUCAAAAUACUUAGCAAUUCUGAGGAUUUGAACAUGUUUCUUGCAUCAACUGAUAAGGCUGUACUCCUCCUAGAAUCUUGUGGAUGGACCUCAAAAUUGCUAGUACAGCGGACUAGCAAUGUAACUGUGCAAGGAGGUAAGGCUUGGCUUGGAAAUUGACGGCUUUAUUUGGAGCAGAACAUGUUUGACAUCAUUAACGUGGGAAGAUAUCUCUGUAGUGUUAGUUUCCCUUUAUUUGAAGGCUCUCUGGGAAUGGCAUUUCAUUGCCUUCAAGAAAUGUUUGCACUUCUUUUGAGUUGUUACGGAGCUAAGUGGUUCUACAGACAUCAGUAUGGGCUUUUCGCAGGUGUUGCAUCAAAAAGCAUUGUUUGGUUCCUUUUAUUUCUGCCAUCUUAAUAUUUCUUGUUGAACUUUUAUUUUUUGAGUUUGUCUAUGUUAUACCAUUGUGUUUCUUAGUUUCUAUUUAAUACCCAAAGUUUUUCAAGUUUCACAUAGUACCCUUUUGAACUUACCUUUUUAAUCUACAACACCCCCCGCCGUUAACUGUGCGUCAUUAAUUUCGUUUACUUUUUGUAAUUUAGUGGAACUAAUUUAACUUAUAAACAUUCCCUCCAAGAGUCAGUCUUUCAAAAAAAAGUUCGACUAGAUUACAAAAAGUAAGAGAAAUUAAUGAUGUCUAGUUAACCAUCCGGGGGGGAGGGGAUUGUGCAACAAAAUAGGUAAGUUAAGGCUACCGUGUGAAAUUCUAAAAGGUUGGGGUACGAAAUAGAAACAUAAGAAACACAUGGGGUAAAACGUAGAAAAACCCUUUUCAAAUUGUGAGAGAGUGAAAAGGAAGAAAGAGGGAAACUUACUUGAGUAGGCAAAAGUGGAGAUGGUGGGGGAUGUUGCAACUGUGUCUAGGGGACACUUGGGUGUAAGGCUGCAGGGGUAAGUGGGUAACAUGUGGGGGAAAAAUCUUGAAGAACAACCAUCCUUAGGAAGGGAAAGGGAGAUGGCUAACCUUAAAACUUUUGGAGUAAGGCACUUUUUGCUUGAAUUUUGUGACUUACUGGUUAAAACGAUACGCUCCUCAAUGUUCUUUCACAAAGUUCCUGUACAUCACGUAGCUAUUUUCUGUUAUAUGUAUGGGUGUAAAGAAGAUGAGACAGCUCGUGAGCUACUCAAGAUCGACUUGGUCAAAACUUGACUAGAGUGAGCUCGAAUCGAACUCGAACUUGACAUGAGAUGUUGGCGACUAAAGUCGAGCAACUCGAAGCUCGACUUGGAAAAUCGUGAGAUACUCGAGCACAUAAUUAUCAAGCACUAUCAAAAGCGAAAGGCCCAAGUCCAACAUAUCAUCUACCCUAAGGGUGCUAAUAAGUGAGACAACAUUCGAGCUACUCAAGAUCAACUCGGUCAAGACUAGACUCGAGUGAGCUGGACUCAAAAUGUUAGCGAGUCGAGUCGAGCUACCCUAAACUCAAAUUCGACUCGCAUCACUUACUCCUCUAGUUAUAUGUUUUCUUGGAUAGAAAGUAAAAUUUUUGAACAUAGGGAAUAUGAUGUCAUUAUAAAGCAUAUUGUUGAUAAAUUGAAAGGGAGGAUGAAGGACACUUUUAUCAUCGCCUCUGAUUUUCUUGUAUGGAUCAAAACCUUGUUUUCCAUUUGGCUUAAUUGUAUGUAGAUCUGGUGAUAGUUUGUAAGACUACGUAUAAGAAAGCCUUUUUUUGCAUAUUUUUAUUACUUUGGAUGUUAUAAUUAAGUCUUCAGUGACAUCAUGGAAAGUUUAGCUUUGCAGGUAGUUUCUUUCCAGGUAAUUUAACUAGAGAUACCAAUACCACUAUGGCUUCUAGUAGGCAGAAAAACUUGAAGGAUAUUGAAAAUGACAUGAGCUGUGAUGUUCAACAUGGAUGUAGUGCAAGUUCUUGGGUUGGAGAAUUCAGUGCCGAAAACGGGACUGCAUCUCCAACAGAUGAGAAUGAGCAGCGGACUUUUGGAACAUCCUGCAGCUUCAAAGAGUACAGUAAAUUUGAAUCUUUCUUCUCAAAGUUCUUGGUAUUGGCAAGAGAUUUUUAUCUUCCUCCUCAAAGGCAAAGAUAUGGCUAUGUCUCAGAUAGAUCAUUGCUCUCGACUCUUGGUAUUGAAGAUUCUGAUCAAUGGUCAUUGAUAGUAUAUUAUGCUGGAUGUCCUGGCUGCUUAUGGAAAACUAAAGAUGAAAAUCAUAUCCAAAAUGUCCUUGAGACAAAUGAACUACCUGUAACGGAACUUCAAGAUGAUGGAAAGGACCAAGGGCCUGCUCUGCCUGAUGAUAAACCAUCUGUCGUACUUUUCAUAGACAGAACAUCCAACUCUAUAGAAACUAGAAAGAAAAGCCAGGAAGCUCUUUAUGCAUUCAAAGAACUAGCAUCAAAGUAUUGGACGUCAUAUCCGACAAAUAGGCAAAGUAGUGAUUGGCCAAAAAGAUCACUUCAUACUUAUCAAGGGUCAGCCAGCAUGUUUAAGAAACAUAAAUUGCUGCUAUCACCUUCAUCUCUGGUAAAUUUGAAAGAUAAAUUGUCGUUUACGAUUUCAAAAGAAGGAAAAGAGGUUACUUUUGUUAAUGAGGACUCAAAUUUGCAAGGUGGUUCUUUACAAGAGAUAUUGACAAAUCUGCUUGGGCAGAAGAAGCAAUUGAAAUUAAGCUCACUUGCAAAGGAAGCAGGUUUCCAACUGAUAUCUGAUGAAAUAGACAUAAAGAUAGCUGAUGUGUUAUCUUCUGAGGAAGAAAGUCAGAAUCAGGAUUCAGCCCUCACAUUGGAUGAAGUCCCUGAGAAAAGUAUCCAUGACAAAAAUAAGGAUUUUACAGAUGACGUUGCACCCAUUGAUCAAGAGGAGCAGUUUUACCAUACUAAUGUUGAAGCUUCAUGUGAGUAUAGUGACCAGAAAGUAUUCACAGAUCCUGCAAGUGAAGAAUUUGGACAUCUGGAUCCUCAACAAUCUCUCAGUAAUCAUGCAGUUGCAUUUGCCCCAGAUGUAAAUUUGAAAAUGCAAACUGAUGCAGAAGCAAACAAGUCAGAGGGUGUUAGGCAUCCUUUUAAUGUCUUUACUGGUUCAUUCUUCUUUUGUGAUGGUAAAUACAAAUUUCUUAGAUCUCUUACUAAUUACUCAGAUGUUCCAAGAAUAGUCAUCAUUGAUCCGUUGUCCCAGCAGCAUUAUAUCUUAUCGGAAGAAGCUAAUUAUAGUGUUUAUUAUGUAUCAACUUUCAUGGAUAAAUUUCUUAAAGGAAGCCUUAUUCCAUAUCAAAAGUCUGGACAUUUGCGGAAGUCUAUUGAAAUGCCACAGCCUCCAUUUGUCAGUCUUGAUUUUCAUGAAAAGGAUUCGAUCCCAUGUGUUACUACUGAUACUUUUUCGGAGUUAGUUCUCGGUUCUAACAAGUCGGGUGCUCAAAAUGCAACCAACGCUUGGCAUAAAGAUGUGGUUGUGCUUUUCAGCAGUAGCUGGUGUGGAUUUUGUCAGCGAAUGAAUUUAAUUGUUCGUGAAGUGUACCGAUCCCUGAAAGGCUACAUAAACAUGGUCGAGUCUGAAUCAAAGGGCAAGGAGUUGUUUUCUCAAGAUGACUUAAAGGAUGUUGUUUCAAAGCUGCCAGCAUUAUAUUCAAUUGAUUGCACGAUGAAUGAGUGCAGUUCGAUCCUGAAAACCACUGGUCAAAGGGAAGUGUAUCCAACUUUGCUGCUAUUUCCAGCAAAGAGGAAGGCUGGUAUCGUGUAUGAUGGGAAUAUGAUGGUUACAGACGUUAUAAAAUUUAUAGCCAACCACGGGAGUAGUUCUCACCACCUUUCCAAACAAAUAGGAAACCUAUGGACUGGUUUGGAAGAAAAGCAUGAUGAUACUUCAUUCAUGAGUGAAGUAAAAAAAAGAUCAGAUGUGAAGGAUAUGUGUUCUGGAACCAAUUUGCCAAAUUCAUUGAUGUUCAAGCUGAAUGAAAAAGCAGGUCCAUCGAAUCCUGCUGUUGGCUCAUUUCUAAGUGCCACUGAGCUUCUGCAUGAACUUAGGACAUUCAGCAAAGCCAGGAUCCUCAUAGUAGGUGCUGAUCGUGCUGUAGGAUUUCUAGGUUUGGUUAUUAACAAGCCUAUCGCCAGCUGGGAUCUUUUACCUCAAUUUCAAGAUGUGAAACUGCUAGAAGCAGCUCCUGUUUCUUUUGGGGGCCCAAUUAUACAGCAAAAAGCGCCUCUUGUUUCCUUGACGAGGAUGUCUUUCAUAGAUCAGUAUCCUCAAGUACUACCUGGUGUCUAUUUUCUUGAUCAAAUGGAAACACUCAGCACAAUUAAGGAAAUUAAAGCUGGAAAUCAGUCUGCCACUGACUUUUGGUUCUUUUGGGGCUACUCAGGCUGGGGUUGGGAGCAGCUUUCCAGCGAGAUAGCUGAUGGAGUGUGGCGUGUUCAUGAGGGAAAUAUUGGAGACCUGCAAUGGCCAAAAUGACAGCUAAGAUCUCACGUGAUGGAAAUUUGUUGUUUGAAGGGCCUCAGUCAAUUUCUGGAGGACUCUUUUUGCAACAUCGCCUUUUGAUCGAACAAGAUAAAUUUUUGAGGAGGUUGUGUCGGUACCGGAAGGUUGGGGGGGUGGAGCACUGGGCCAAUGUUUGUAACUCUUAAGGCGGCUAGAUUUUGUCCGGUAAUGUUCCCUUCCCCUUGUUUUGUUCAUUCUCUACCCAUUAUAUUCGGGGUUUUUGAGGAAUGAGGAUUGCAGCUUUAUCUGAUCUCUCAUGUUUCGGUCUCCAGUGACCAUUGCUGACUUUUGUUGGGAUUUUACUGUAUUUGUUUUCUCCAAUCGAGGUUCAAUGAGGAGUAUUAACUUCAAUAGAAGUUGAAAUGGCAAAGGAGAUGUGCAUUUAUAGUUGAA